CACUCCCACCUCCUCAACAAUGGCUUCCUACACCUUCCUCUCUCUCCUCCUCUUCUCACUACUACUCUCCACUUUCCACCCCUCUCUUCAACAAAACACACUCCAUGGCUCCUUCCCGCUCACUUCCGCUCCCCUUUCCGACACCUCCGCUUUCAAAGCGAGGUAUUUAUCAACUCUCGCAGCGAAGAAGGCCGCCGCGGCGCCGUUCGGAUACAACUUCCACUCCUCGUUCAAGUACUCAAUGGCCCUGAUCGUCUCGCUCCCAAUCGGCACGCCGCCGCAGACGCAGAAGAUGGUGGUGGACACCGGCAGCCAGCUCUCCUGGAUUCAGUGCCACCGGAAAUCCCCUCGCCAGCAGCCUCCUCAGGCACCCUUUGACCCCUCCCUCUCCUCCUCCUUCUCCGUCCUCCCCUGCAACCACCCCCUCUGCAAGCCCCGGAUUCCCGAUUUCACCCUCCCCACCACUUGCGACCAGAACCGCCUCUGCCACUACUCCUACUUCUACGCCGACGGCACCCUCGCCGAAGGCAAUCUCGUCAGAGAAAAAUUCACUUUCUCCAUUUCCCAAUCUACCCCUCCCCUCAUCCUCGGCUGCGCCACCGACUCUGGCGAGGCCGAGGGCAUUCUCGGAAUGAACCUCGGACGCCUCUCCUUCAUUUCCCAGGCCAAGGUCCCCAAAUUCUCCUACUGCGUGCCGCUGCGAACGCGCCGCAACACGGUCUCCCCGACCGGUGGCUUUUACCUAGGCCACAAUCCCAAUUCAAAUACAUUUAAGUACAUCAAACUUUUGACUUUCCCCAAAAGUCAACAGACCCCCAAUUUUGACCCACUGGCCUACACGGUAGGCCUGGCCGGGAUCAAAAUUGGAGGGAAAAAAUUGAACAUCUCGGCGGCAGUGUUUCACCCGGACGCUACUGGGUCCGGCCAGGCAAUGAUUGAUUCGGGCACCCAGUACACCUUUCUAGUGGACGCGGCCUAUGCCAGGGUGAGGGAGGAAGUCGUGAGGCUAGCGGGUCCGAAAUUGAAGAAGGGGUAUGUUUACGGAGGGUCGUUGGAUAUGUGCUUCGACGGGGACGCGGCCGAGAUCGGACGGUCGAUAGGCGACAUGGCUUUCGAAUUCGAUAAUGGCGCGGAGAUUGUGAUCAAUAAAGAGAGGAUUUUAGAUGAAGUUGGUGACGGUGUGCAUUGCGUCGCCAUCGGGCGAUCGGAAUCGUUGGGCGUUGCUAGUAAUAUUAUUGGCAAUUUUCAUCAGCAAAAUCUUUGGGUUGAAUUUGAUAUGAAUAAUAGGCAAAUAGGAUUUGGGGCAGCUGAUUGUAGCAAGUCGGCAUGACCAUGUUCCUCAUUAAUUUCAUUUUGUGUAUACAUGUAAAUUAUUUUAUUUUAAAGGAAAAUAAGUAUAUAUUGUCACGAAAUUAAAUUAGUGAAUCA